AUGCGCGUCGGCAUGGACGUUGACGGCCUGUGCGAGCACGCAUCGUGGUUGGAAGGCCUGCUGCGUCUCGACCCGCGCGGCGGGUUCUUCGACCACAUCGACGUCGCCAAGGGCUUCUACGGCAUCACGAAGGCGCCGGCGGAGAACGUGACGAGGGUGAGGGCGAUCUCCAGGGCGACGGGCUACCCCGUCGACGGGCUCCACGACUACUGGGCGCUCAAGACCCGCGUCAUGUUGUCGCACCUGAGGAUCAAGAAGAAGGAGCUCACCAGCACUGCGAUCGAGAAAGCGCAGCCCGAGCUGAGGUCGAUGCCGUCGCUGAUCUCGAGGCCCUCGCCGUCGCCGCCCGCCAAGCCCAGCAGAUCAGCAGCGCAGCAGGAGCCAGUCCAGAACCCGUUCAUCAACUACAGGGUUCCCGAGCUGUUCACAAGCCCUCCUCAGACGGGCGCCGGCUUCGGGAGCUCGUCGGUCCUGGACUCCGACGGCGACGAUGACGACGAGGACAAUCAUCCGAUCUUCUGCCACUUCGAUGGCCGUGCCAUCCAGCUCGUGCUCUCCAACGGCUCGGCCAGAGAAGCUGAAUGGUUUCGGGUGAGUGGUGACGGCUUCGUGAUGGGCGUGUGGGACUCCGUGAAGGGCGCCGACGGCGAGCCGUACUCGUGGGAGUCGGAGCUGUCGGCCGACUGGCUCGGAGACGACGGGAAGCUCAAGCGCCCCCCCAAGGCGCAGCCGAAGCCCGCGGGCAAGAGCAAGGCCCAAGGGAAGGCCACCAGUGCCAAAGGGAAGGCGAAGGCAAAGGCGAAGGCCAAAGGCAAGGCCAAGGCCAAAGGGAAGGUGCAGCUCAAGAAGCGCAAGGCGGGCGAGGACGACAGCGAAGGUGACGAGGCAGAUGCCCAGGGCGAGGAUGAUGAGGAGGAGGAGGAUGAGGAGGAGCAUGAGGACGCGGCCGAAGCUCCCGAAGAUGAGGAAGCAGAUGCAGCGGAGGCAGAGGAGGCAGAGGAUGUGCAGCCGUCGAAGCCCGUCAGCAAGAAGCCGGCUGGUAAGGCUGGCAAGAAGGAUGACACGCAGAUUGAGCUCAUCCUUGCGAACGGCCACAACGGCAAGGUCGCCGUAUUCAUGAGAGCCCUGGGCCGCCCCAAGAAGAAACAGAUUCUCGAGGUCGGCGGCGAGAACGCACGUGAGCGGGCUACGACGAUCAUCGACAUGAUUAGGACGCAGGUGAUGGACAUCGUCGGAUCUGUCAACGACCCCGCCAAGGUCUCGGAUGAGGACAUGAAGGCCGUGAGGGCGAUCGCCAAGGCGGCGCGCGACGGGGGCCUGCUGACGGCGCUGCUGACGGGCCUGCUGAUGACGGGCGUGCUGCUGACGGACCUGCUGCUGACGGGCCUGCUGCUGACGGGCCUGCUGGCGGGCCUGCUGACGGGCCUGAUGACGGGCCUGAUGACGGGCCUGCUGACGGGCCCGCUGACGGGCCUGCUGACGGCGGUGAGUGAAGGGCCUGGCGACGGCGGCGGCUGGGUCGCAGACUCGUAG